CUCAUCGCCAUCUCUGUUGCAUUCAUGACCGUUACGAUCUUCUUCACAAGUCUGCGCUUCUUCGUCAGAGGCUUCAUGAUCAAGAGCCUGGGAUGGGAUGACUGGUUGAUCCUGGUUGCCGUCGCUAGUUUCAUAUGUCAAGCUAGCUUUCUCAUCCAUCUAGCAUGGAUGGAACAACACUACGACCUGACCUAUAUCAAAGCUCUCUCGGACGCCUUGGAGUUUGUCGUCCUCGAACUGGCAUUUUACAUCAUGACCUCACUGUUCCUCAAAAUCUCUCUGGCGGUCUUCUUCUUGCGCAUUGUUGUCGCGAAAUGGCAGAGAUACACCAUCAUCAUUGGUACAUCCAUCUUCUCGCUAUUCACCUUCGCCUUCUUCUUCAUCGCAGUUUUUCAGUGCGGACCGCCUUCUCAUUUUCUACUCAAUAACGCCACAGGAAAAUGUCUUUCUUGGAAGGUCACCGGACCCCUCAACUACAUUCAUGGUACCCUCAAUGCUCUGACGGAUUGGAUCUUUGUCUCCUUGCCUAUCCUUGUCAUUCGCGAUGCCAAUAUGAACCGCAAAGCAAAGGCAUCAGUCAUCGGCGUGCUUGCUAUUGGUGUCUUGGGCUCUGUGGCGUCCAUUGUUCGUCUUUACUACAUCAAGGACAUCCAUCCCGGAGCCUCAAGUGCGACCGAAUUCUUCUCAAAAGCCUCAACCAUUGCAAUUGCCAGCAUAAUCGAGAUUGGCUUGGGUGUGACGGCAGCGUGCCUUGCAACUUUGAGACCUCUAUUCAAGAGUCUUCUGGAUCACACGGGGAGUUACUCAAGGGACAAUUCCAAAAACAAGUCAUAUGCUCCC